AUCAGUUGCAAGGGGAUGACAGAGCGCAUUCAUAGCAUCAACCUUCACAACUUUAGCAAUUCUGUGCUCGAGACCCUCAACGAGCAGCGCAACCGUGGCCACUUCUGUGACGUGACGGUCCGCAUCCACGGGAGCAUGCUACGCGCCCACCGUUGUGUGCUGGCGGCUGGCAGCCCCUUCUUCCAGGACAAGCUGCUGCUGGGCUACAGCGACAUCGAGAUCCCCUCGGUGGUGUCAGUCCAGUCUGUACAAAAGCUCAUUGACUUCAUGUACAGCGGGGUGCUGCGGGUCUCACAGUCAGAGGCCCUCCAAAUCCUCACAGCUGCCAGCAUCCUACAGAUCAAGACUGUGAUUGAUGAGUGCACAAGGAUCGUCUCGCAAAAUGUGGGAGAAGUCUACCCAGUGAUUCAGGAUUCUGGCCAGGAGACACCCAGAGGAACACCCGAAUCAGGCACCUCGGGUCAGAGCACUGACACAGAGUCUGGCUACCUGCAGAGCCAUUCGCAGCACAGUGUGGACAGGAUCUAUUCGGCUCUCUAUGCUUGUUCCAUGCAAAAUGGCAGUGGGGAACGCUCCUUUUAUAGUGGAGCUGUGGUCAGCCACCAUGAAACUGCACUGGGGCUCCCCAGGGACCAUCACAUGGAAGACCCCAGCUGGAUUACCCGGAUACAUGAAAGGUCACAGCAAAUGGAGCGGUAUCUCUCUACCACUCCUGAGACCACACACUGCCGCAAGCAACCACGCCCUGUUCGAAUUCAAACCCUGAUGGGCAACAUCCAUAUUAAGCAGGAAAUGGAGGAUGACUAUGACUACUAUGGCCAACAGAGGGUGCAGAUCCUCGAGCGCAAUGAGUCUGAGGAAUGCACUGAGGACACUGACCAAGCAGAAGGCACUGAGAGUGAGCCGAAAGGGGAGAGUUUCGACUCAGGAGUCAGUUCCUCCAUUGGCACUGAGCCCGAUUCCGUGGAGCAGCAGUUUAUGGCUGGUCCGGGCCGGGAUGGGCAGCAGGAAUCUUCUCAAGCAGAUCAAACUGAUGUCCCUGCUGAUGGCACUCAGCAGCAGCAGCAGCAUAUAGAUGCCAACUCUUCCUCACCAGAGAGAAGCAAUGACAUUGAAAUGGACAGCAAAGUGCUCACAGUCAAUAACAGCACCGAAAAGGGGGCUUUGCAGCCUUCUGUCAACACAACUGUUGCCCAACCAUUGCCAACCACACAGAUCUACUUACGCCAGACAGAAACCCUCACCAGCAAUCUGAGGAUGCCACUGACUCUGACCAGCAACACUCAGGUCAUUGGCACAGCUGGCAACACCUACCUGCCUGCCCUUUUCACCACACAGUCUGCUGGCAGUGGCCCUAAGCCUUUUCUCUUCAGCCUGCCCCAGCCUUUAGCUGGCCAACAGACACAGUUUGUGACAGUGUCCCAGCCUGGCCUGUCAAGCUUUACUGCUCAGCUGCCAGCCCCACAGCCCUUGGCCCCAUCUGCAGGCCACAGCACAGCAGGUGGGCAAGGCGAAAAAAAGCCUUACGAGUGCACUCUCUGUAACAAGACUUUCACCGCCAAACAGAACUACGUCAAGCACAUGUUUGUACACACAGGUGAGAAACCCCACCAAUGCAGCAUCUGCUGGCGCUCCUUCUCAUUAAAGGAUUACCUAAUUAAACACAUGGUGACGCACACUGGCGUGAGGGCAUACCAGUGCAGUAUCUGCAACAAGCGCUUCACCCAGAAGAGCUCCCUUAAUGUGCACAUGCGCCUCCACCGUGGGGAGAAGUCCUAUGAGUGCUACAUCUGCAAAAAGAAGUUCUCCCACAAGACCCUACUGGAGAGGCAUGUGGCUCUGCACAGUGCCACCAAUGGCACACCUGGAGCCACCGGCACCGGCGCGAGGGCUGUCCCUGCUGGGGUGGUGGCCUGCACGGAGGGGACCACAUACGUCUGCUCUGUCUGUCCAGCAAAGUUUGACCAAAUCGAGCAUUUCAACGACCACAUGAGGAUGCAUGUGUCAGAUGGAUAA